GGGUUCCAAGGGGUCCUUCUAUUUUAAAUUCUCACUUUUCAUUCUCAUUUUCUCUCUACCCUUUCCUUGUUCAAGUUAUUUCUUCUGAUUUCAAAGAAGAGAGAAAAGAAAGAGAGAAAUAUGGGAGAAGAGACAAAGUCGAGGUUCAAGAGGAUUUGCGUGUUCUGUGGUAGCAGUUCAGGGAAGAAAACAAGUUAUCAAGAAGCUGCGGUUGAGUUGGGAAAGGAACUGGUGGAACGAAGGAUUGAUUUGGUUUAUGGUGGUGGAAGCGUGGGAUUAAUGGGUCUUGUUUCUCAGGCUGUUCAUGAUGGUGGUCGCCAUGUUCUAGGGGUUAUUCCCAGAACUCUCAUGCCUAGAGAGAUUACUGGUGAGACUGUUGGAGAAGUGAGAGCUGUAUCUGAUAUGCACCAGAGGAAAGCUGAGAUGGCUCGUCAAGCUGAUGCCUUCAUUGCUCUUCCUGGUGGGUAUGGAACUCUUGAAGAACUGUUGGAAGUCAUUACUUGGGCUCAGCUUGGGAUCCAUCAAAAACCUGUGGGCCUUUUGAAUGUGGAUGGAUACUACAAUUCCUUGUUGUGUUUCAUAGAUAAGGCAGUUGAUGAAGGCUUUAUCUCUCCUUCUGCACGACGUAUUAUCGUAUCUGCCCCGACCGCGAAACAAUUAGUGAGGGAGCUUGAGGAAUAUGUACCAGAAUAUGAUGAGAUUACAUCCAAGUUGAUAUGGGAGGUAGAGAGACUAAGCUACGAUCCCUGAAUCGG